GCUACUGCUGUUGAUUAGCCCAGUCAUGUCCUCAGUCCCAGUAGAAGAGAUAUUAUCCACAAGCUACGGGCCGGUGGAAGAGAAAGAACUGGAAGCUGAAUCAUACGUUGAUAAGCCGGAUGCCAUUUCCUUGCCUCCUAUAAACUCUCCUGAUAUUACUCAAGAUGGUUAUCACCCAAGCCCUAACCACAAGAAAGCUGCCUUGCUGAUAAAAGAAGGCAGAGACAACGAGAAAUUUGAGUCACUGGCUGAUAAAAAGGCAUCAUGGAUAGCAUACAGGAUACUCCACAAUCCCUUCUAUUACUGGUUUGCACUGAUACUAGCUGUAGCUCUUAUGCUAGUAGCAUUCAUUGAGGAGCCAUCAGCUACAUCUGCACAAGAAGAAAAGAAAGAAAAGAGGGAACAAAUUGUUCACUUACUUAUCGAGUUUGCAAUUCUUAUAUUUUUUACUGUUCAGUUAUUCUUGCGUUUCCUAUGGCUGGGACCUAAGCUAUUCUUUAAAGGAAGAUCAACAGUUGCUGCUAUCAUAAUAAUAGUGAUGGUUCUUGAGAUAUUUGUGUUGCUUGCUAAGCCAACUGAAAGUCGGCAUGUGAGGAUUAGUAGAGCUCUGCGACCUUUCUUUCUCCUUGACACUUACCUCAUGUAUGGAGUGAGAAGAGUUGUAAGACAGAUAUUUCAAUGUCUCAAGUACAUUAUUGAUGUAAUGCUGGUCCUUUUCUUUCUUGUUGCAGUUUUUGCUUUAGUUGGAUAUUUUCUCUUUACAAACAUAAAUCCUACUUAUUUCCAUGGUUUAAAAAUAAGCGUGAUUAGUAUGAUUGUGACUCUCACAACAGCAAACCAUCCAGAUGUUUUCAUGGAAGCAUACCUAGAAAGUCCUUUUGCUCCAAUAUUUUUCAUGGUAUACAUGUUUGUGACUUUCUAUUACUUCAACAAUGUCUUACUGGCUGUAUUGUUUGCUAAAUUUAAAACUGCUGAAAAGAAAAAGUAUAAAAAACUUUAUCUACACAAAAGAGAGGCACUGCAUAGAGCAUUUGAUCUCCUGAAGAAUGAUAAUAACAAUAUCACAUUUGCUGAUUUCUUUUUAUUUAUGAAGAAGUAUAAUCCUAGAAUUUGUAAGCCACUAGACUAA